AUGCAUCGUCUUCGCCACAACCAAAUUCACUCAUUACAACUGCCUACCUUUAUUGAUAUGUUCGGCGUAUCUCCCAAGAAUAUUACGACCAUUGCCUUACUGUACCUAUCACAGUAUCUUCGUAUCGUUUGUCCUGUCGUUAUUUGCGGCAUGUCAAACCUUGUGUUUAUGAUGUUUCAUACCGACAUGUUAGCGUCUUCAUGGCAUCCUACUUUAUCAACAUAUAUCAACUUUUUCGACAAGAUGGAAUCACCACAACAGGAACCCGAAUCAGAAGAUACACUUAUCAGUUUAUUGAGCCUAAUUUACAAUGGAAAAAUAUCAACGACACUACUCGAGACAUCAUAUAUGCAACACAUUGGCGAACUUGCAAUAAUCCAUUAUGAUUCUGGAAAGGCCACACUAGUGUCGCGAGAAAUUUAUCUGUCUCUUUGCUGUUACGAGGUGCUGAAUGCUAUUUAUAACGGUAUACGAAGGGAAUAUCACGACAAAUUAAUGAAAGACGGCUUGUAUGAACAUUUGGAUUCAACAAAACAAGACUUGACGUUAUACAACAAAUCCGUGCUGUCGACCAGAUUAAUGGCAGGAAAAAAGGCUCUCCAACUGGUGAAUCUCACUAACGAUGAUGAGGGGGAUGUCAGUAGCGAUGAGGAGGAGGAAACCUUACAGAUUGACAGUCAAUCAUCCCGACCUCAGAACGAAUUCCUUGGUGAACCAAACAUGGAGCAAUGUCAACAACAACUUGAGGAUCUAAAGUCACAGCAUCAGCAUUGUAUUGACCAGAGUUUGGUAUUCUCCUGUGUAGCUUGUCCACGGUCUAUGACACCCUUCAUGGACGAAUUUGAUGCAUGGUUUCUCAGGGUCAGCACAGGAAAAGACAUGCAGCAUGUGGCAGUGGCAACCGGCAACGAUCCGACCAAAGGUCUGUCACCUGAGGAACUGGAUGAGUAUUGCCGGGUCCGUCAACUUGGGAGGUACGGAGUGUGGGCCAACAAGGACAAGAACGCUUUGGAUCGACUGCAUAACGUCCCUCGGUUACUAUCCGAUGAGCAACAAUGUAUGGGGCGGGUCAAUGAGUGA